AUGUCGUCACCAUUUGUUCGCACCCAGGAUCGCGAGUUGUCGCCCGCCGCUGGAUGGCACAAGGAUGGUUCUCGCUGGGCCUUGCAGACGCCUCUUCAGGCCACCGCCGAGCGCCGGACUCUAAGUGUUGGCGGGCACCGUGAUCCUUUCGGUCAAGGACGAGCUACAACACCCUCCUGCCUUGUGCGGCGACCUCCACUUCCGCAGGCGCCAGUGGUGUCACGGGCUUCUGGUCCGUCUUUGCAGGCUUUCCCUCAGCACGCGGAAGCGACGAUGCUGUCCUGCCCCGCCAUGACCGCGAACAGGUCUCCUCAUAUGGUUAGCCGUGGAAGCUUUCCGUCGGCCCUGCGAGGGCAGGUCGCAGCGACAGUUGCGAAUACAAUGUCCACUCCAAAUCUGCCACGUGCAGAACCUCAGCAAUUGUGCGCCAUGCGAUCGAGGUCCUACACGCCGGAUCCGCUGCUGCCCUGGCCUGUGCAGCAAACACCGCGGGCGCAGAUUUGCAUUUUGCCGCAGAUGGUCAAUAGGCCGUGCUCCCCGUUUGCUGUGGCGUUACCGACCGGCCCCGGCCCACGCUGCGCCAGUUCUCCACCCACACAGGUACAGCCAAGUGCGUCAAGCGUGUCUCCUCGAAGAGGUUUGUACGCAGUGGCACAUUGUGACCCAUCUCUCUCGUCUGCUUCGCAUCCUUCGCCUCCUCCGCCUCCGCCAACUGCUCGAUUCGAGCCUUCGGAGCCGGAACAACACAAGGAAGACUCAGAACUGCCGAAGUGCGCAGCGGGCAUUGAGGUUUCCGUCGGCGGCACGCGCUAUCGCUGCCGGUCUGUUCUGGGGCGUGGGUCCUUCAGCGAGGUUUGGUCCGGAGAGGUAGUAAGUGCCACUGCGGACCACGCAGGGGCGGUGGCGCUGAAAGACAUAUUCUGCAAGACGAAGGCAGAUUUGGAGCAGGCCCUUUUCGAGGUGAGCUUGCUCGAGCGCUUCAAGGAGGCUGCCAGCGACGGACGAGAGGCCCCGAUGCGCAUUCCGCGCUACUUCGGCCACAAGGUGGAUCAGAAGGAGGACGGCUGGCGAGUUUGCCUGGCCAUGGCCCGGCUCCCUGGCGAGUGCUUGGACGCCUGGCUGCGGCGUCCGCCGCCGCCGAACCAGGACGGCCCCAGUGCCGUGCGCCGUGGCUGCGCGCUCGCAAUGGCAUUGAUCAGGCAGCUGGGACCCACCCUUGAGCGGCUCGCACCGCAUGCAUGGCACCGGGAUGUAAACUCGCACAACGUGCUCCUGAGCGAUGCCCUGGACGGCGGUCGCUUGAUGCCCUGCAGCGACGUUGAGGAGACUUCCAAGCGGGCUCGGUUCUGGCUCCUGGAUUUCGGCCUGGCCGUGGAUGCGGCGAGCUGGCCGCAGCGCUGGCCACACUCCGAUGUGGCGGGCGACUGCCGUUACUGGGCGACCAGCUCCUUUGUCAUGAGCUUCUGUGGUCCCGAGGAGACAUCGGCCAAGAGGGAGCUCUGCUCGCAGUACAAGACCAAGCUGGACGUCGUGGGCCUCGGCCUUACCGCCUUGGAGCUGCUGUGCAGCUCGGCCCUAGCCAGCCGCGAAUCCUGGGGCCCGGCCAAGGGCUUGCGCGGCUCCUGGGAGCGGCUGCUGGAGACUUGGGAGAGGUACCGCGAAGACGUCACGCGAUGGCACGCCAUGAUCUUUCAGGUCUUUGCCAAAGGAGGCGACAUCGCGCCGCUCUACCGUCAGCUGGGUCAGGAACGCAUCGUUCAGCGGGUGGUGGCACAUCUAGCUGACGUGCGCAAUUGCCUGCGCGCCUGUGUAAGGCGAACCGAGGAUGUGGCCAUCCAGCGUCUGCUGACAGUCCUAGCAGAGAUGAUUGACGAAAAGACGGACUACGACAUGCAAAAGGUACUCGCUCACUUGGAUCCACGUGAGAAGGAGACCUGUUCGAAGAUUCAGUGGCCCACCGCGAACCUGAAUGCAGCAUUGUGGCAGCGCAAUCGCAUCCCACAUGUCGGUGGAGCAUGA